CUCGUCAGUGGUGCCCCCACUCAAUAAGCAGCAGCUUAUCACCACACCACCUCAGGCUCAGGAUUGGCCGGCACCACCGCGUGACAAUUCCCCACCACCAUGGCCGCCACCACGCUCCUCCUCCGCACCCACCACCACCCCUGCAAGCCGCCUCUGCCGCCGCCGCCACGAGCGCCCGUCCUCUGCCGCGCCACGACGGCGGCGGGGGCGGCCGCGGCGCUGCGCUCGCUGGCCCCGCCGACGCGGCCGGAGCUGUUGUCCCUGGACCUGCCGCGCUACGACCCGGCGCGGUCCCGCCCCGUGGACCUCGCCGUGGUUGGCGGCGGCCCCGCGGGUCUCGCCGUGGCGCAGCGCGUGGCGGAGGCGGGGCUGUCUGUCUGCGCCAUCGACCCGUCCCCCGCGCUCGUGUGGCCCAACAACUACGGCGUGUGGGUGGACGAGUUCGAGGCCAUGGGCCUCUCCCACUGCCUCGACGCCGUCUGGCCGUCAGCCUCCGUCUUCAUCGACGACCGCCGCGCCAAGUCGCUCGACCGCCCCUACGCCCGCGUCGCGCGCCGCAAGCUCAAGUCCGCCAUGAUGGAGCGCUGCGUCGCCAACGGCGUCGUCUUCCACCAGGCCAAGGUCGCCAAGGCCGUCCACUACGAGGCCUCCUCCCUCCUCAUCUGCGACGACGGCGUCGCCGUCCCGGCCACCGUCGUCCUCGACGCCACGGGCUUCUCCCGCUGCCUCGUGCAGUACGACAAGCCAUACAACCCGGGGUACCAGGUCGCAUACGGCAUCCUCGCCGAGGUCGACGGGCACCCGUUCGACAUCGACAAGAUGCUCUUCAUGGACUGGCGCGACUCGCACCUGCCGGAGGGAUCGGAGAUCAAGGAGCGCAACCGCCGCAUUCCCACGUUCCUCUACGCCAUGCCCUUCUCGCCCACCAGGAUCUUCCUCGAGGAGACGUCGCUGGUCGCGCGCCCGGGGCUCGCCAUGGACGACAUCCAGGAGCGCAUGGCCGCGCGGCUCAGGCACCUGGGUAUACGCGUCCGGAGCGUCGAGGAGGACGAGCGAUGCGUGAUACCCAUGGGCGGGCCGCUGCCCGUGCUGCCGCAGAGGGUGGUCGGCAUCGGUGGCACGGCCGGGAUGGUGCACCCAUCCACGGGGUACAUGGUGGCGCGCACGCUGGCCACCGCACCUAUCGUGGCAGAGUCCAUCGUGCGGUUUCUUGACUCCGGCAAUGACAUGGCUGGGGACGCGCUUGCCGCCGAGGUGUGGAAGGAGCUGUGGCCGGCCAACAGGCGGCGGCAGAGGGAAUUCUUCUGCUUCGGCAUGGACAUCCUGCUCAAGCUGGACCUCGAAGGAACACGGCGGUUCUUCGACGCCUUCUUCGACCUCGAGCCGCACUAUUGGCACGGCUUUCUGUCGUCCAGGUUGUUCCUACCGGAGCUCUUGAUGUUCGGGCUCUCGCUGUUCGGCAAUGCCUCGAACACGUCGAGGCUGGAGAUCAUGGCCAAGGGCACCGUGCCUCUUGCCAAGAUGAUUGGCAACUUGAUACAGGACACAGAUAGGUGAGGGCCUAGGAGGGUGGUAUGUACCUGCAUUUCUCACCUCAAGAUCUCCAUUGGAUCUCUGAUUUUCGCAUUGCUGCUGCUCAGUGUAUUUAUGAUUUGCAAAGGAUUUACAGAACGCCAUUAGCAACAGCAAUUUAGAACCAUCUGGCAGUAUAACAAUUGCUUCUGCAACACUAUUUUAGCUUGGUGAUUAGUCUCACUGAGAGCUGUAUAGUUGCAUAUUCAGGGAUGUUAUUACGCUCUAUGUAUCAGAUGUCAUGGUCUCUAAACACCGACCAAAUUUUCCACAAAACAUGAAACUGAAUGUUGUGUAUUA